UGACAAUGUGGCCAGUCAUUUGCAUAACGAGAGGGAACAUGUGUCCAGAUGAGCUGGGGUAAGGGAAGAGCGUAGUACUGGCGCAGGUGGAGUGCUCAGUCUUUAAGAUAAACCCACUUCCUGAAUCUAUCGACACAGAACAAAGGGACUGAAAGUGUCAUCCACUUGAUGCAGUUGCUGUACCAAGAAAGACUUCAGACUUUUUAAAAUUGAUUUUAAAGAAAAUGAAUUUACACCGGACUUGCACCCUGGCAUACCUGGCCACUGUGCUUCCCAUCACAGAGGCAGUUCUUGGGCUGACGGACCCCAAACUGUGCUACAUUCUUGAUGGUGUGCUCCUCCUCUACGGAGUAAUCAUCACGGCUCUGUACUUCAAAAACAAGUUCAGUAAGGCAAAAGACGAACCCCAAAAGGAAAGCCUGUAUGCAGACUUGGAUAGGAGCCGUGUUGAGGUAUAUGACCAAGCCAAUUCCCGGCCACGUGAUCCCGAGGCAGGUGGUGGUGGAAAGAGAGGCAAAAGGGGUGAUGCUCUAUAUACGUCACUCAAAAAGGACCGUCCUGUUGAUGCGUACAGUGAAAUUGGACUGCAGAAGCAAAACCAAGAGAAGAGACGCAGAGGAAAAGGAAGUGAACAAGUUUACCAGGGACUCAGUGCGGCAACCAAGGAUACUUACGAUUCUCUCCAGAUGCAGCCUCUUCCUCCGCGCUAAGAAAUGCAGACAUCACCCUAUUUUAAUGACACCGCACCAUGCCAUGACUUGAAGGUGCAAUAUUUAAAUAAUUAUUGAGCAUUUCAGUUUUUUUUUUUUUUUUUUUAAACCAGUUUAGCAACUGAAAUGCUUUAAGGUUUUAAAAAGUUGAUUGAUGGCUGAAUUUGGUUAUUUGCUAAACAAUUUUAAAAAAUAUUAUUUUAUUUGCUUGUUUGUUUUUGUUUUAGAAUACAACUAAUUACUUUAAGGAAUACAUUUUGUAUUUCUUUUUACAAUAUUCUAGGUGUUACAGUAACUCUUAAGAGUGAAUCACACAUCUCUUUCCUUCCCAGACAUUCACUUACCUAAUCAAAAUAAGAGCAGCACUUAUACAACAUGCCAUUGGGAAAGGGAGGAGGCAAUUAUACUGUACCUUCCAUCCAGUCCGUAUACUUGCACAAUAUUGCACUGCCCCACAGGUUUGAACUUGCCUUCCCUUUGACAAUCUAAUUAUUGGGUAAAAUAAGGGUUAAUAUAGGGUUACCUUUUAGUUUAAUGCACCAAUUUAUCAAUAUAAUAAUAAAAAAUACAUGUGUCUAUA